GAGUGACCCCAAAUUAUGGAAAAAGUCGAUCUCUUCUUCUGACCUUUGCUUGUUUGUUCUGCUCUGUCUUCUUCGAUACGUUCAAAAAACUCACCAAAAUGGCGUCUACGACCUCUGAGGCUGUCAACCAUACGGAUACCAUUCCAGCGGUAGAAGCUCUAACUGAAGGUGGGAAGAGUAACCAUCCAGCUGUUGCAGUGGAAACAAAAGAGCUGUCACCGAGAAGUGUUCAUGGUUUUAGUUGGGUGAUAGCUGUCUCUGCUAUUCUUUCAUCGACAUUUCUAUUCGCUCUAGAUAACACAGUGGUCGCCGACGUCCAACCCGCAAUUCUAAAUACAUUUGGACAAAUUGAAGACCUUCCCUGGCUAGGCGUAGCCUUCGCACUCGGUGGUAUCGCAAUUUUGCCCUGGGGUAAAGCAUACUCCAUAUUCAAUAUAAAAUGGCUAUACAUCACGACUGUUAUUUUGUUUGAAGCAGGUAGCGCGCUAUGCGGAGGUGCGCCGAAUAUGAAUGCUUUGAUUGUUGGCAGAGCGAUUGCCGGCCUCGGGGGAUCUGGUAUGUACUCCGGAUGCUUGACAUAUUUAUCGGUCACUACGAAUAAUCGUGAACGACCAUUAUAUAUGGCUCUGGUGCUACUAGCCUGGGGUCUGGGUACCGUUCUUGGACCUAUUAUUGGUGGUGCAUUUGCUGAUAGUAGUGCAACAUGGCGAUGGUCUUUCUAUAUCAAUCUGGUCAUCGGUGCUAUUUUUUCACCCGCCUAUUUUUUAACGUUGCCAAACAUCGACUUUGGAGCGAGUUUGUCACUUGUGCAAAAAUUAGCCAAGAUGGAUUGGAUUGGCAUGGUAGUUUUCUUUGCCGGCGCUACUUGUUUAACUAUGGCCAUUAGCUUUGGCGGCACUACCUAUGCCUGGAAUUCGGGCUCCGAGAUCGCCUUUUGGGUCGUUUCUGGAGUCCUGUUGAUUGUGAUGGCAGUUAUAACGGUACGUCCCAUUUUUGUGUCGAAGGCGGACCGGCUAUACCCAGGUCACUUUGUUCGCAAACUGGAACUUGUCAACUUGCAAAUACAGCUCUUCCUUGUUACAGGCGUCAUGAUGGGGACUGCUUACUAUAUCCCCUUGUACUUUCAAUUUGCCCGCGAGGAUUCAGCGUUGAGAGCAGCCGUUCGUCUGUUGCCCUUUAUCACAAUGGCAGUCUGCUUUUGUGUGAUCAGCGGAGCACUAAUGCCUAUAUUUGGCUACUAUAUGCCUUGGUACACCUGGGGUAGUGCCCUUGUGUUGAUCGGAUCUGCACUCAUGUAUACAGUCGAUGCAAACACGUCGCCAUCGCAUGUAUAUGGAUACACCGUUCUUCUCGGGAUCGGGGCCGGGUCCUAUCUACAGGCGGGAUAUGCCAUUGUCCAGAUGUUGGUUCCGCCAGAGGAAGUCGGUAAUGCGGUCGGAUUUAUGAGCGUGUCUCAGGAUCUAGGCAUCGUUUUUAUCCUCGCUCUAGCCGGCACGGUAUAUCAAAACCUAGCGCUGAAAAGACUCACGCCACUUCUCGCCGGUCGCUCCGCUGCUGAUGUGAGCCAGGUAAUUGCUGGUACCAGUAAUUCUGUCUUCAAGUCCCUCGAUCCCAACCUCCAAACAAAGGUUGUAGAUGAGAUCACCAAGUCCAUGAGUGUGGUGUGGGCAAUUUUAAUUGGUGUGGGAGCUUUGUGUCUCAUUCUCUCCCUUUUCUUGAAAAGACAAAGAGCCUGGCCGAAGACUGCCUAAAACCAAGGCAGGUGUAACAAGUCAAGAGUUAUCUUGUAUUAACGGCCUGCAUCGAGAGCAGACAUAAUAAAUUGAAAAUUGUUGCAUCUAGAUGCUCUAUCCUAGUCUCUCUGUAUAUCUAUAUAUUUCAUGCUUCAUUUUAUUCUAUGUGGAUAAGUUGCCGGGAGGUUCUAUAAGGUUUACUUUGGCUUUCCCGUGGUAGCUGUUGUAGCGAAGUUCAUUCCUACCUAGACAUUCAAAAAUUGCAGUAUUGUUAGAAAUCACUUACC